GCCGCGGCGCAGUUUAGUGACGAGACCGUGUUUUGGUGAAACCGCGACAGUAGGAAACGUAUUUUACCCCCUCCGUGGAUAUUUGUGUUGUUUUGCUUCUUUGCGAUGAAUAAGAAUAAGGCCAGCGGCGUGGCGUGGGUGAAGCCGGCGGAGCCGUCUUUUCUGAAGAAGUUUAAGAACGAUGUUGGUUUCAAAGAGGGACCAAAUGUUGACACCAAGCGUCAGGUGAUGCCGACACUGGAUGAUGACAGCGGGAGUGAUAAAGAGGAUGAGUUACCUCAGGUGGUGGUCCUCAAAAGUGGAGACCUGACUGCAGACGAGGCGAAGAAGAUAAAGGGUGAAAUGCGGGCUGGAGGCAGUACAGAGAAAGAUGGUGAAGCUCCUCCUGACGGUAAAAUCCUUUUCAAGAAACCAGCCAAGCGCUCUUCCUCGGAUAAAUUCCAGGGCAUCAGUGCCAGCUCCAGCAAAAAGAAGAAGAGCAAUGGAGGGGACAAGGAAAAGGAGGAGGAGAAGAAGGAGGCGUCUGGAAGGAAAGUCAAAAAUAACAGCCUCCUGUCAUUUGGAGGGGACGAGGAGGAGGAGGACUGAAUGUAAGUGGUGAGAUGAGACUGUCAGGAAACGGGAACAUUUCACAGAGUUUGGCAAAUAAUAAUCAAGGUAAAAUAUAUGGUUCAGCCUGUCCAUUCUUUUUAAAGGACAGCGCUAUUAUUUUUGUAUGUCUUGGACUAAUGACAUACAGAUUCAUGCAUUUUUAGUACAGGAUAAAAACCAGCUGGCACAAAAUUAAUUAAUUUAGAGUUCUCUUUGUCUCACUGCGGCGAUGAUUCUCCAUUUCAUAGUCUGCUGAAGCUGAAAGAAAAAACAUGUCAAAGAUGAGGUUGUACAUACAUUAGUGUGACUUGAUCCUGUUUCCAUGUCAGAGCCAGAUACAGAAACAUUGUACAAGAUUCAAACACAGCUCUGUAUUCUUGAAAAGAAGGGACUUGGCUCCCAGUCGCUGUAAUAAUACUGCUUCAGUUGCUGUGUGAAAACCCUUUCUGACAUGUUUGUCUGGUCAAAGCCACCAGGCUGUGCAACAGAACAGAGAUUCCUCUUUUACAGCCAUGGAACAUUUUAGUUUGCAUCAGAAACACUAAAGUCACACACAAGCCCCGACUGAGUAAUGACAGCGGCAAAGCAGCAGGUUUUUCUGCGAGGACAAAAGUUAGUUCUGUGCAGGAUGGUGGCUUUGAGACCAAGAAGGCAGCUGCCGUUCCUUGUCCCAAAGGGCUGACCACAGCUUUAGUAGUGAAAACACUUUAAUUCCCCCCUCGCCCAGCGGGCAGUCUUUGUCCUCCAAGCUCGGGUCCUCUACCAGAGGCCUGGGAGCUUGACGGUUCUGUGCAGUAUCUUAGCUGUUCCCAGGACUGCGCUCUUCUGGACAAAGAUCUCGGAUGUCGUUACUGGAAUCUGCUGGAGCCAUUCUCCCAGUUCGGGGAUCAUUGCUCCAUGUGUUCAGAUUACCACUGUUACCUUCACCUUCCACAUCCUCUCUAGCUCUCAGCCCUUGGUAUUUCUCAAGCUCCUCCUUCUUGAUGUUGCCAUCUUGGUAUUGCUAUUUAUAUAUAUCCAUCCAUCCAUCCAUCUUCUUCCACUUAUCCUUUUCAGGGUAAGCGGAGCAGCCAGUGAGCUGGCUAUACAGUGGACUGAAGGAAUGGCAGCAGUAAAACUUCAUAUUUUCAUCGCGUUUAUUUUACACCUCGAAGUUUGCACGUCUCAAAUACAACAACCGCCAUCUUCAGUAGUGAGAACUGGGCUGAUGUGAACAUGCCCGAUUCUCCCGAUAUUGUAUGGAGUUGAUGUGUGAAAACGGCUUCUGGGAGUCAAGACCCACGUCACUGUAGAGCUGUCCACAGCUUUAUCUAAACUGAGCUGUUUCAUGACACACAAGGCGUAGGAGAUAUGAUCUACAGGGUUUGCAGGAGUUCUUGGUGUAAAUUUCACCUUCAUUUGCUGCCAUAAUCUAAACUCUGUGUUGUGGAAAAAGUUAAAAAUGCUACAGAUCGGAUCAGUGUUGUAUAGUUGGCAUAGGACCAGGACUAAUUAGUGAAGAAUCAGUUGUACAGGCUGUCUCCCUUUAGCCCACUGUAAAUAACUGAGACAGCAGCACGCAGAGAGCUUUACUGUUUCAAAGAAUUGGCACUAAUGAAUUCCAGCAGAGUUGGUUUGCCUGAAAAUUUCAUUAGAUGCAGCUUUCCUUAAUUAUUUUUUUUGUUAUACUUCUAAUCAAAGCCACAGCUGGAGCUGGUUGUGAAUUUAAAUUUAGCAAAGCAGUUAAUUCAGCUGCAGGAGCAGCACGGCGGUGCUCUCUGCAAAUUAAAUCCUGAAGAAAAAUACAAGAAAAUAUAAAGUAUGUCUGCUCUCACAUUUAAAAAUACUGAAAUGCUUGACUUGAGUAACACAGAUCCAGUUACCUGAAGCUGACUUUCAUACAGUAACUGCCACUGUUAGCAGUUUUUUUUUAAAGAGCAGUACAUGCAUAAUGUGUCCUUUCAUCAGACCCAAGUGAAUAUCAGCAGCUGGUAAACGGAUACCAGGUACAACCAGGUUAAUUGAUUAUUAGAAAUUGAUUGUUUUUGGCCUCAUUUUGUACUGACUAGUAAUUAAUCACCUGCAUGAUUUCAGUGACAGAUUACAAGGACUGAGUUCUUGCGAGCCUCAUCGCAAAGUGCUGCUGGUUCAUUGAGUCCUCUGUGACGCAGACAGCACUCUGAAUGCUCCUGAUGUUCAGAUUCAGAGCUCCUUUGAAACAGCCAGGAUCCCUUUUGUUGCUGUGUUUGAAUCUUUCAUUCGUGUUCUCUGUGAAUGAACUGUAACAGUGUGUCUGACAGCAGAGCGCAGGGGCUCAUCGUAGAAUUUAGAAUACAUUCAGUUGUGUGCCGAAUGUAUGAAUAUCUUCUAGCUUCGACUACGGAGCUGUAACAGUUGAUGUAAAAACGAUGCAUUUGUAUCAAUGCAGUUGUGUGGGUGUUUUUUUUUUUUCCUGUAUGUUCUGUGUAUUUUUGAAUGGUGCUAUAAUUGCUGUGACUUUUUUUUUGAUAAAAAUAUUAAGACGA